AGCAGGCCGUAGGUCGGUAUCAGGGGGGAUCGUGACGUGUGGAGGAGGCGCUGUGUCUUGGUUUUCCAGAACGCAGAAGUGUGUCACGCUUUCGACCACAGAAGCAGAGUACGUCGCCCUAGGUGACGUAGUGAAGGAGAUUUGGUUUUGAGGCAGGUUUGGCGUUUCAUGUUGCCGCAGGUCGGCAUGCCGUGCAUCCCCAUUUUCGAGGACAACCAGGGGGCGAUUCAACUAGCGCAGAACCCCAUCUCAAACUCGAACUCGAAGCACAUAGAUGUAAGGCACCAUUUUCUCAGGGAACUGGUAGAGAGGAAGGAAAUUUCGGUCAUCCACGUGCCGUCGCCGUACCAGCGUGCAGACUUUCUUACGAAGAGUUUGUCGAAGGAUGCCUUCGAGUCUCACCGUGAAUUUGUGAUCAAUUUGGCAUGA